GCCCCCUUCUGCUCUGUUGACAAUCAGGUGAGAGCGAGCAAUGGCGGCCAUCCGGGCAGCGAGAUACGUGUGCCGUGGCCGAGAAUGAUAAGCGCAAACCGGCCACAAUGUUCGCGAAUUUGAAAAACAAAAUCAGAGAAGAGACGGGCGGCGACCUGCCGCAGCUCGGGCCCAAACACCUCGGCCAUGGCCGCCUCAGCAGGGGCAGCAAGGGCGGCUCCACCUCCAGCAUGUGUUCAGAACAGGACAAUUCCAUGCUCAAGCCCAAGGUAGACUGGCAGCUGCAGGCGGAGACCCUGCUCUGCGAAAAGGCUGUGCUGGAGGAGGAGAAGUCGGACCUGGUCAAGAAAAACCUCGAGUUGGCUGAGCAGCUCAAGGGGGCCACUGCUUACAGGCAAAAGGCCAUUCAGUACCAGGAGGAUUUGGACCAACUGGAAGGCUUCCAGACUCAGGAAAUAGCCAAAGUCAAGCAUUUGCUACUUGAAAGAGAACAGCAGUUGAGCGAGGCCCAAACGUCUCUGGGCAAAGCGCAAACGGAGAUUUCCAGACUGAGAUCGAUUCAGGACCAGUUGGCGCAUCUGCAGGACUCGCUGGACGCGGAGCGGCACAGCGGCGAGCAGGCGCGCCAGCGGCUGACGAUGCGGCUGGAGGAGAGCGAGCAGGAGCGGCUGGUGCUGGCCGAGAAGCUGGCCAAGGUGAGCUCGCUGGUGGAGGCGAGCAGGAGCGGCCAGGACCAGGUGGCCGCCGCCCUCGAGCAGGCCUCGCGGCUCGCCGAGCAGCGCCUCGAGGAGGCCAGGCUCGAACUGGCCGACGUCAAGGCCAAGUGGUGCCAGCAGGUGACCGCGCUCGAGACGCAGGUGGCGCGGCUCUCGGUGCAGGCCGGCGAGGAGGGCGUCGAGCGGCGCGCCGCCGAAGAACGCCUCCGACUCGCCGAGAAGAGCCUCGCCACCCUCGCCGCGCAGCUCGAGCAAAAGGAGGAAAAGUGUAGCGUGUCUAGUCUGGAGGCGGCCAACGCGCGGCUCGAGCUGCUGCUGGCCGACGCCAAGGCCGAGGCCCAAGCGGCGGCCGCCGACGGCGCCAACGCGGCCGCCGAGCUCGAGCAGAGCCGCGCGGCCGAGCGGUGGGCGGCGGCCGCGCUCGCCCAGGCGCAGCAGGCCCACCAGCGGCUUCUCGGGGACAAGGAGGACGCCGGCAAGCGGAUGGAAGAGCUCGAGGCCGAGAAAAAGGCGCUCGACACGGAGAAAAAGGGGCUUCAAGCCGAGACGAAGGCGCUGCAGGCGGAAAACUUGGCUCUCAAACUGUGCAGCCAGCACCUGGAAAGCGUCGAGGCGGAGAAAAAGGCGCUCGAGGCCAAAUGUGCGCAGCUCGAGGCCAACCAACGCAACCUGCAGCUCGAGGAAACCAUGCAGAGCACGAUAUCGCGUUUGGAGGGAGAGUGUUCGUUGCUGGGCGAGAGGACGCGUGAGAUGGAAAAGCAGAUGGCCGAGGCAAACGCGGAAAAGGACGAGUUGCAGUUGAGAAACGCCAGCCUGUCGCAGCAAAGCGAACUCCACUGCAAGGAGUUGCAGGAGGAAAUCUCGGAGCUUAAGGCCAGCCUAGCCAAACAGGCGCCAAAGUCACAAAUUGACGAGCUUAACAACAAGAUAAGUGAUCUUGAGGCGCAGAUCGCCGAGAAGAAUAAAAAUAACAAAGUGUUAACCCAAAGACUGGCAGACAUGAAGAAAACUCUGCAGAAGGAGAUGAAGAGCACGGACGCGGUAAUGCCGCCCCAGCAGCUGCAGCAGCAACAACAACAACUGCCGUCCGCCGACAAGAUGGAAAACAACGUCGACGUCAACCACGAAUACUUGAAACACGUAGUCUUGAAAUUCUUCACGAGCAAAGAAUACGAAGUGGCUCAGCACCUAAUAAAAGCCGUGGCGACGUUGUUGCACUUCACGCCGGAGGAGGAGCGCCUUUUGCGAGAAACCCUGGACUGGAAGAUGUCCUGGUUCGGCAGCAAACCCAAGCUGGCGGGAAACAACUCGCCUCGCAGCUUUCCGCCCAGCUAACAAUCAUUUGCCAGCUUCUUGGACAUUCCUUUGUAAAUAAAUUGGUUGGUGCGAACCUACCCUUCACCCACGAGAACACACGAUUAAUUUAUUGUUGUUGCGUUAACAAACACUAUUCAACUUUCUAUUUCUUAGAGAAAUAUUUGUUAAAUAUUAUACGAAAAACAUUUUGUCAUAAAUAAGUGCUUGGAUGAUGAUUGCUGUUGAAAGAAAGAAAGUGAAACUUUUAAGACUCUAGAGCUAAAUAAAAAGUGAAAUUGGAUAUCUAAA